AUAAUGGCCUUUCAACUGGACGAUCUGCUGAAGGACGAUAAGAAGGAUGGGAAUCUGAUACCCGAUUUGAGCAAGGCGACCUGUAACUCUUACGAGGAGUUCCGAAGACUCAAGGAAAACUGUCCGGAGUUUAAAAUCAAACCGGAAAAGGUAAAAAGAGAAGAUACCAAGGUCCGCGACAAAGAAUUUUCUUGGAAAGCGACCAAGAAAGAACUCAAAGCCAUCGGCAGGGAAUGGACUUAUGGCGAUCCAGUUCCACCGGAUAUGAGAGAAUUGGAUCUGCAAGAGCUGCAACAAGUCGCCAUCGAUUGGCGAAUGCUGACUCCCAUCAGACCGAAGCUUCGUCAGGACGAAGAAAUGUUUUCGAGAUUGGUGGAGAUGGGAAAAUUGGAGGCGAAGACCAUAAUGAAAGAACGUCGCGAAUCAAUAAGUCCUAUUAGACGAAAUAAGAAUCGCGCAGGAAUAAUCGAGAGUAGUGUAAAAACCUGCAGAGAAUGCGGCGAGGAAUAUUGUUUCGGCGAAUUUUGCGGCGAUGUCCUCUACGAUUCUUUUGUAAGAGUGGCUGUUGCCACUCAGCAGCCGAAGAUUAAAAUAUCUGCUGACACCGAGGCAAUAAUCGCUAAAAUGGAACGUAAAAAAACAAAAAAGAAGAAGGGGAAGAAACGUGUGAAAAGCAAGAGUAGAUCAUCUAAAAAAUCCGCCAGAUUGUUGGUCAAUGGCAAAGCGAGAAGAUCGAUUACAGAUCUUGAAACUAAAACUGUUAAAGCGAAAGAUAGCGAAGGGCAGAAUGAAAAACCGAUGAAACAAUUUAAGAGAAAAUGUAGCAAGUAUACAAAGAAAGGUCUUUUACGUAAAUAAUAAUAUAAUUAUAUUAAUGAAAAAAUUGGGAAAUUUGAAAAUUUCUUGCAAAUGCUCUAGAAAUACCUCAUACGUGUAUUUAUACAUAUAUGUAGAUU